AGUGCUCCGCAUCACCAGACCUUGAUGGAAACCAUUGUUUGGCUGUUUCCUCCUGAUUCAGAUUCAGUUUCUUGCAGUUUUCUGCUGAGAUUGUUGAAAGUAGAAAGCUUUCUUGAUUGUGGUGAGAAUUGCAGGAAAGAACUGAUUAAAAGAAUAGGAUACCAGUUGCGGGAUGCAUCAGUGGCUGAUCUAUUAAUUCCUGCUCCAGUAGGCGAGAGCACACUAUAUGACAUAGACACUGUUCUUAGCAUAUUGGCAGAAUUCUUGAUGCGACAGCAUAUUAGCUCUCAGAAGACUUCAAAAGAGAUUCAGAAAAGCACUAGUUCUGCUUCAGAGCCUAGCAGAUCAAAAGUAGCUGUAGCGAAUUUGGUCGAUGGGUACCUUACUGAGGUUGCAAAAGAUCCUAAUUUGCCCCUUUCAAAGUUUAUCGAACUAGCUGAGAUGGCAUCAGGAUCCUCACG